AAAAAAGAUGCAGCGCGCAUUGGCUUCCCGUGCCCGCGCCUCGGCCCUGUCCGGCGCUUACAAGUAUCGAUCUGGAGGCAGCCUCGGCCAGCAGCUUCGGUUUGCUCACAAGGAACUCAAGUUCGGUGUUGAGGGCCGUGCCGCCCUUCUGGCUGGUGCCGAUACUCUGGCCAAGGCUGUCGCUACGACUCUGGGUCCCAAGGGCCGAAAUGUCCUGAUUGAGUCCAGCUUCGGCUCUCCCAAGAUUACCAAGGACGGUGUUACUGUCGCCAAGGCCAUCUCCCUCAAGGACAAGUUUGAGAACCUGGGCGCCAAGCUGAUCCAGGAUGUCGCCUCCAAGACCAACGAGACUGCCGGUGACGGAACCACCAGUGCCACCGUCCUGGCCCGCGCCAUCUUCUCCGAGACCGUCAAGAACGUUGCCGCCGGCUGCAACCCCAUGGACCUGCGCCGAGGCAUCCAGGCCGCCGUCGACGCCGUCGUCGACUACCUGCAGAAGAACACCCGCGACAUCACCACCAGCGAGGAGGUUGCGCAGGUUGCCACGAUCAGUGUCAUCACCGUCAAGGAGGGCAAGACGCUGCAGGACGAGCUCGAGGUGACCGAGGGUAUGCGAUUCGACCGCGGAUACGUCUCCCCCUACUUCAUCACCGACGCCAAGUCCGCCAAGGUUGAGUUCGAGAACCCUCUGAUCCUGCUCUCUGAGAAGAAGAUCUCGGCUGUCCAGGACAUCAUCCCCGCUCUCGAGGCCUCUACCCAGCUCCGCCGCCCCCUUGUCAUCAUCGCCGAGGACAUUGACGGCGAGGCUCUGGCUGUCUGCAUUUUGAACAAGCUCCGUGGCCAGCUCCAGGUCGCCGCCGUCAAGGCCCCCGGCUUCGGUGACAACCGCAAGUCCAUCCUCGGCGAUCUCGCUGUCCUGACCAACGGAACUGUCUUCUCUGACGAGCUCGACAUCAAGCUCGAGAAGGCUACCCCCGACAUGCUGGGCUCCACUGGCUCCAUCACCAUCACCAAGGAGGACACCAUCAUCCUCAACGGCGAGGGCAGCAAGGACGCCAUCUCUCAGCGAUGCGAGCAGAUCCGUGGUGUCAUUGCCGACCCCACCACCUCCGAGUACGAGAAGGAGAAGCUUCAGGAGCGUCUGGCCAAGCUGUCUGGCGGCGUUGCUGUCAUCAAGGUUGGCGGUGCCUCUGAGGUUGAGGUCGGCGAGAAGAAGGACCGAUUCGUCGAUGCUCUCAACGCUACCCGUGCUGCCGUUGAGGAGGGUAUCCUGCCCGGCGGUGGCACUGCCCUGAUCAAGGCCUCUUCCCAGGCCCUGAACGACGUCAAGGCCGCCAACUUUGACCAGCAGCUCGGCAUCACCAUUGUCAAGAACGCCAUCACCCGCCCCGCCCGAACCAUCAUCGAGAACGCCGGCCUGGAGGGCUCUGUCGUUGUCGGCAAGCUCACCGACGAGUACGGCGCCGACUUCAACCGCGGUUUCGACAGCGCCAAGGGCGAGUACGUCGACAUGAUCCAGGCCGGUAUCCUUGACCCCCUCAAGGUUGUCCGCACUGGUCUCAUUGACGCCAGCGGUGUUGCUUCCCUGCUGGGUACGACCGAGGUCGCCAUUGUCGAGGCCCCUGAGGAGCGACCUGCUGGUCCUCCCAUGGGCGGCAUGGGCGGCAUGGGAGGAAUGGGCAUGAUGUAA